CGCAUGCCUUGUCAAUUCUACUACACGUGAGUUUGUGAUUGCAGUAAUAAGUAGUGUCACAGUGCACAAAAUAGAACUGAAAUGUCAUGGCUUUUCGGAAUGGGGGGCGGGGGACAGGGGCCUCCAUCGGUACCCCUCCCACCAUCAGAUGGAAAAGACGGCUCUGACCCACCGAAGCCUCUAACAAAAUCAGAGAUGGAAUCUUAUCGAUUCGAUUCUGCUGCUUUGGAGAGAGCUGCACAAGCCGCGAGGGAGCUAGAGAAAUCAAGAAAUGCAAAAGAAGCUCUGGAGUUAUCAAAAAUGCAGGAGCAAACGAAGCAAAUCGAAGCCCAGUCGAAAGGGAAGGAAAUGGAAGCUCACAUUGAACAAAUGAAGCUUCAAGCUAUAAAAGUACAGGAAGAGGAGCGGAGGAAAACUAUGUCCAAGGAGGCAGAACUUCAUCAACAGAAAGCUCAGUACCAAGAUCAGUUAGCGCGGCGGAGGUACGACGACCAACUCUCACAGCAGGCAAGAUUGCAAGAAGAAAAUUUGAGGAAACAAGAGGAAUCAGUUGCUAAACAGGAGCAAAUGAGAAAAGCCACAUUGGAGCAUGAAUUUGAACUCAGGCGAAAAAAUGAGCAAGCUCGAAUAGAAGCCGAGAUGAAAGCCCGUGGCCAAAUGGAGAGAGAGAACAUCGAUCUAAUUAAAGAACAAAUCAAACUUAAGGCUCAAGAGAAGAGAGAGACUGUUUUAGAAUCAAUUAAGACUGCAGGAUCUGUUCUAGGAUCUGGACUUCAAGCCUUCAUCACAGACCGUGACAAAGUGGCAGCAGCGGCAGUAGGUUUAACCAUGGCAGCAGUGGGGAUAUACGCCGCCAAGCACAGCACGGGAGUAGCAGCACGCUACAUAGAGGCCCGCCUUGGAAAGCCCUCACUGGUCAGGGAAACCUCGAGACUGACGGCAGGGGAGGUCAUCAAACACCCGAUAAAGACAACCAAGAGGUUAUUAAAUAAACCUGAAGAUGCACUGAAAGGAAUUAUUUUAAAACCAGAACUUGAAGAACGACUUAGGGAUGUUGCCAUAGCAACCAGGCAUACAAAGAAAAACAAGGGAUUUUACAGAAAUUUGUUGAUGCAUGGUCCUCCAGGAACAGGAAAGACAAUGUUUGCCAAGAGUCUUGCGGUGCAUUCUGGCAUGGAUUACGCCAUUAUGACGGGCGGUGAUGUGGCUCCGAUGGGCAAGGAAGGGGUCACUGCCAUGCAUAAGGUGUUUGACUGGGCAGGGGCCAGCAGAAGGGGGGUGUUGUUAUUUGUUGAUGAAGCAGACGCAUUCCUCAGAAAAAGAAGCAAGGAACACAUAAGUGAGGACAUGCGGGCCACAUUGAACGCCUUUCUGUACAGGACAGGAGAACAGUCGUCCAAAUUUAUGUUGGUGUUGGCCAGUAACCAGCCCGAGCAGUUUGAUUGGGCCAUCAAUGACAGAAUUGAUGAGAUGGUUGAGUUUGGGGUACCCACCCUUGACGAGAGAGAGAGGCUCGUUCGACUUUAUUUUGAUAAAUUUGUCCUGAAACCCUCCAUGGAGGACAAAAGGUUGAAGUUAGCCGAGUUUGACUACAGUGCCAAGUGCUCUGAGAUAGCCAGAAUCACAGAUGGUCUGUCAGGUAGAGAAAUCUCCAAGCUGGGCGUUGCUUGGCAGGCGACAGCGUAUGCUUCGGAAGACGGCGUUCUUACAGAGCAGAUGAUCGACGAUCGUGUAAACGACACUGUCCGACAACACAAGAAGAAGGAUCUGUGGCAGUACGAACAGGAAGUGAAGGAAGAACAGGAACUGGGCACUGCCUACACCUCAGAAAAAGACCGCGCAGCGGACAUUACACCACCACAGAGCAAGCCUGGAGCCGAUCAUAGUAAACCAUCCAAAGGCAGCUAACAAUAGUACAGCUCUAGGGAGUCCAUUAACUGUGUGUCAGAGAGCUGUAGGUAGACUGGGGCUCUGGGACGAGUUUUAAAUGAUGACCCAACUUGAAGAAUUGGGGAGUGUGACAGUAUGAUAGGAGGGAGAGUUGGACCAACCAGUUGUUAAGCAGUUCAGUUCAUAUAGUGUUUUAUUAUUCCAUUCUGAGCUGCAGGCAUUUUAUGUACAUGUACAAUCUCCUAUGUUACAUUUAUAUAAAUUGAUUCACUGCCACAAAAUGAGUAUGGGAAACAUUUGAUGUAGAUUUCUAUGAACAUUCAUGAUGUGUAAAUGUGAUUCUGUGAUUCUGUAGUUGUUUUGAGUACUGCUAAUAUAAAGUAAAUAUGUCAUCCACUGA